GGGGACGCCGGCCCUGACUCCUAGUCCAGGGUGCGACCCGUGGGGCCCCGCCCACGGGGCUCUUUGUCCCGUUAACUGUCCGGUGCUGGAAGGAGGGUUGUGGCCCGGUAGCGGCUGGGGCGGCGGAGACAUGCCCGUGCGCUUCAAGGGUCUGAGUGAAUACCAGAGAAAUUUUCUGUGGAAAAAAUCAUAUCUCUCAGAGAUAAGUAAUUCUCCAGAAAGUCAAAAAAGUCCAUGGGCUGGACUUCGAUCAGAUCAAAUAGGAAUCACAAAAGAACCAAGUUUUAUUUCAAAGAAAAGAGUUCCUUAUUAUGACCCAGAAAUUCCCAAAUACCUUGAAUGGAAGGCAGAAGAUAGCUCUGAAAAUGAGUUGGUUGCAUUACCAGAAUCUGAAGUCCCAGAAGUGCCAAAAUUGCAGGAAACAAAAGAAAAAGGAGACCUGACUGAAGAAAGAAUUUUAACUCCUGAGGUCCUAAGAGUGCCCAAGAAGGUUCAAUCUCACUCUGCUGACUCUAAAGUUGAAGAAGCUGUUGAUCCUGUAGAUGAUAAUAAAGAAGCAAUUUCAGAUCCCACACCAAUGAAUAGGAAUGCAGAAACCCAAAAAUGUACUCAAGGUCUUUCAGAAAAUGUCCAUAAUCAGCAGUUGGACAGGAUUCUACGGAGGAAAGCAGGAUUGUCUGUUGCUCCUAUAUAUCAUUCCCUCAGAAAUUCUGAAUAUCAAAGACAAUUUGUAUGGAAGACCCCAAAGGAGAACUCCCCAGUUCUUGCAGCUGAUCAGGUUUUUUUUAGUAAAAAUAAAUCUGUUCCACCUUUCAAAGUUGAUGUGACUAUCCCUGAAACAGAAUACAAGAGGAAUUUCAAAGGUUUGUCUCCAAAGAAAGAAAGAAGAUAUAGGAAUGAUUUGAAAGAGAAUGAAAAUCCUGAAAUUGACUCCCCUGAGAAGUUUCAGAGUAGUAAUAAAGAGAAUUCAUCAAAACAAAGGGAAGAAGAAAUGGAACCAAAAGACAAAAUCUCUCCCCGUAAAUACCAAAGGAAAGCAAACACUGAAUAUAGAGCUAAAUUUUUGUCCCCAUCUCAAUAUUUAUACAGAGAUGGUGCUUGGAAACGUGUGAGGGAGAACACGCUAAAUCAGGGUUCUCAAAACACCCUAAAUUCCCUGUGGUAUGCUGAGGUUAAAGAACUUCGAGAGAAAGCUGAGUUUUACAGGAAACGGGUACUUGGAACACAUUUUUCCCGGGAUCAUCUGAACCAGAUUCUCUCUGAUAACAAUUGCCUAUGGGAUGUCUCUUCUGUGUCCAGUUCAGAAGGAACUAUUAGUAACAACAUUCGAGCCCUAGAUCUUGCUGGAAUUCCUACCGGUCAUAAGACAUUACGGAGCCAUGAUUCCAAAAAAAAGGCAGAAGAAAGUCCACCUUUGGCAGCACAGUGCCAGAAAGAUGCCACAGAAAAACUGGGAGUGUCAGAUGUUCCCACACUCCCUGUUAGAAGAAAACUGGCUUGGGAUGAAGGUAGCACUGAUGAUCAGAUACAUAAUCAUGAAAGAAGAGUGGAAGAAGAAAAAAAUGAGGGUGACAAGCAGGAUGGUGUAGAGGAGGCCAAGGAAUUAGAAGAAAAUGAUGCUGAUGCUAAGAGAGACAGGAGCCAAGAAGGAGAGACUGCUUCCCUACGGAGUGCAUUGGCUGAUAGGUCAGAAGCUUCUUCUGUGUCCUCAGGAAAGGGGGGUCGGCUUCCAACUCCAAAGCUGAAGGAACUUGGUGGAGCUCCAAGGACUCAUCAUGAUCUAACUACUCCUGCUGUUGGGGGUGCUGUUUUAGUGUCUCCAACUAAAGUGAAGUCUUCAUUCCUAGAGCACAGGAAAAAAAAGCCUUCUCCAGAUUUCUUAGGAGAAAUUUCAAAACAUGAUUCUAAUCGGAAAGAACUUGGGCCUAGACCCUUAUUGACUCCUCCAGCAGCUGGUAUGAAAACAAUGGAUCCCCUCCCUUUGAGGACCGAGAUUGAAACUAGUAUUUCCAAACCUGAGGGAGCUUAUCCAGGCCCAAAGGCUUCUGAGCAUUCCAUAAAAGUCCCCAUGCAGGGGACUCGGCCUCUCUGUGCUCCAUUGCAUUGGAAUCCAUCUUGUCGCAUUCAGGGGGCACUCAGAAAUGCAGAGUUUCAGCAUAAUGGAAACUUUGUGAAUCCAAGAACAAGCCAUUACAAUUUACCUCACCAAGAAGUCAAUUAUGAUGAAGAUGAUGACAGAUUGUCCCAGAUCUCUGCUCGGUCUGCAGCCUCUAGUCUGAUGGCUUCCCAAACUUUGGCACGUGCUAAGAAAAGGAAAGAGAGUUUUUGGGGAAAAAAAUAGUGCUCUUUAUGGUUAACUCUUUCUAUUUUGGUGACUAUUGCUGUGAUUAUUAUUUUUUUCAUUCCACAUGGAGUUGAGGUUUUUGGAAUUCUUGUAUUUUUUUGGGGAAAGGACGGAAGGUUGGCUUUGUCUAGGGAUAUGAGUAACUAUUCUAAUCAUCAUUUUAGUUCAGUCCUUUUAAUUUUUUUUCUUUAUGUUGUAGAUAGAUUAAAUUUUAUUUUUAAAUUAAUUGCCAUUUUAGAUUAUUCUAAAAGGGUACCAAUGUGUUUACCUAGUUCUUCACAUGUUCUGAACAUAACUAUUUGUCAUCAAGCAUAAUUGGUAGAACUGAGAAUUAUAUCCAUUUUACCAAAAGUAUUCUGAAAAGUUAAACUGUGUAAAAAUCAAGAACUAAGUUUGAAAUGUGUGGUUUUGUAGGAUUGGUUAUGUAUAUUUGUUAACUAAAGAUGUCAUUAAUUGAAUUUUUACCCACAAUACUCACUUCUAGUGUUUUAAAAAUUUUUUUAAACAUUUUCUUCAGAAUAUAGUCACUCUAUUAGAAUGAUUGAAAUAAUUGUAUUUAGUUGAAAAUAUUAACUGUAUAUAUGUUUUUUUACCUUAUAUAAGAAAGUUUGCUUAAGAAUAUGUAUAUUUUUGGUCUCUGUUUUCUAUUUGUAUAAGAACUUUGUCUUGCAUUUUAAUAAUGUUUGAAAGUGGAAAAGUUAUUUGUACAAUGAAGCAUUGAAACUUUGUAGACAUUUUCAAAUAAAAAAUGAUCAAGUGUG